AGCAUUGACCUCUUUAUGCAAGAUAAGCUACUAACUACUGCACAGCAAACCCGACAUCCUCCUCCCCGAGAAGCUCGUCCUCAAGCGCGAGGCUGAUCCCAAGGCUGAUCCCAAGGCCGAGGCCGCUCCCGAGGCCUGGGUUCCUCGUUCCGGUCCUCUGUGGGGACGUGACGCCGCUCCUGAGGCCAAGCCUGAUGCCGAAGCCUGGGUUCCUCGUUCCGGACCUUUGUGGGGACGCGAUGCUGCUCCCGAGGCUAAGCCUGAUGCCGAAGCCUGGGUUCCUCGCUCCGGUCCUUUGUGGGGACGCGACGCCGCUCCCGAGGCCAAGCCUGAUGCCAAAGCCUGGGUUCCUCGUUCCGGUCCUCUGUGGGGACGCGACGCCGCUCCCGAGGCUAAGCCUGACGCCGAAGCCUGGGUUCCUCGUUCCGGACCUUUGUGGGGACGCGAUGCUGCUCCCGAGGCCAAGCCUGAUGCCAAAGCCUGGGUUCCUCGUUCCGGACCUUUGUGGGGACGCGACGCCGCUCCCGAGGCUAAGCCUGACGCCGAAGCCUGGGUUCCUCGUUCCGGACCUUUGUGGGGACGCGAUGCUGCUCCCGAGGCCAAGCCUGAUGCCGAAGCCUGGGUUCCUCGUUCCGGACCUUUGUGGGGACGCGACGCCGCUCCCGAGGCCAAGCCUGAUGCCAAAGCCUGGGUUCCUCGUUCCGGACCUUUGUGGGGACGCGACGCCGCUCCCGAGGCCAAGCCUGAUGCCAAAGCCUGGGUUCCUCGUUCCGGACCUUUAUGGGGACGCGACGCCGCUCCCGAGGCCAAGCCUGAUGCCGAAGCCUGGGUUCCUCGUUCCGGACCUUUGUGGGGACGCGAUGCUGCUCCCGAGGCUAAGCCUGAUGCCGAAGCCUGGGUUCCUCGCUCCGGCCCUCUCUGGGGUCGCGACGCUAAGCCCGAGGCCAAGAAGGAAUAAAUAAAGACGCGCGGGUUUUAGGAUCUGCUGGAUUUAUUAUUCCAGGCAGUUUAUCAGGUUAAACUUUUUGGUUGUUUUGAGAUUGUAAGCGUUGAGGGAUGAGAAAGUGCAAUUUUGGGCUCUUAGUUGAUUUGAGUGCUUAGUAAUAGUUAGUUUUAUAAAUGGUGUUGGAAAAAAGAAAAUUAGGCGAGCGCCUUUAUUAUUGAAUAAAUCUGAUAGUUUCUUGUCAUUUAAAGCGUGAAGUUCAGGCUAGUGAGAUUAGAGCCCAAGCUCGUGAGCUCGGAGAAAAGCCGAAGUAAAAUAGGCUUGAAACUCAAUCAGCAAUAAGCUCAGCCUUAGCCGGCUCCACGUGGGAACGGGAAUUGGCUAAGAACCAGGCUC